UGUCAGUCAGGCGCCUCCGCACUUUCCCGCCCUCGCUGGGUCUGGGCCCCGGGUGGGGCCGCAGUGGUUGCUGGCGCGGGAGAUUCCGAAAAACACCAUGUCGGUGACGGUCCCGGGCUACUCGCCCAGCUUCAAAAAACCUGCAGAGACGCUGCGUCUCCGGCGAAAGCGGUCCCGAAACACUGCGAUUCCUGAAGUAGAAGCCGCCAAUUUCCCUGUGGGUCCGGGCGACCUCGGACCCCGCCGCGCCGCGCUGGCUGCCGGCCUCUGCCUUCGCCCUUUCCCCGCGUCCGGAGGCAGGGGCAGAGGCGUCUCCACCGCUUCCCUGCGGAGAAACCCCUUCGCCCGAUUGGACAAUAGUCCGCGGCCGGCUGUGGGGCCAGAAUCCGUCCCCGAUCCUACGUGGCCGCUGGCCAGCCCCCAACCGGAGCUGGGGGAAUCGUUUUUAGAUUUUAAUCAAGAAAAUAAUGUGACCUGGAAAGAAGAGAUUUCUGAAAGAACAACAUUUAAGCAAUUAUCCCCGACUUCUCAUCAACAGCACUCCAAGUAUGAUAUUCCAUCCUCAGAAAGUGUUGAGUUUCCUGUGGAUUGGAGUAUUAAAACUCGCCUCCUUUUUACCUCUUCCCAAUCUUUUACCUGGGCAGAUCAUUUGAAGGCUCAAGAAGAAGCACAAGGCUUUGUCCAACACUGCAGAGCAACAGAAGUUGAUCUGCCUGAGAAUAUACAGGACCCACGUCUUUCUGCUGAACUUCGUUGUGCAUUCCAGCAGAACCUUAUUUAUUGGCUUCAUCCCUCUCUGCCAUGGUUACAACUUUUCCCACGUAUUGGAGCUGACAGAAAAAUAGCUGGAAAAACAAGCCCUUGGUCAAAUGAUGAGGAACUACAACAAAUUUUAAUGAGUGAAUGGUCCAUCAGCUUCACUUCUUUAUAUAAUCUACUGAAGACAAAACUUUGUCCCUAUUUCUAUGUUUGUACCUAUCAAUUUACUGUGCUGUUUCGUGCAGCAGGGCUAGCAGGAAAUGAUGUAAUUACAGCUGUCUUGUCACCCACUACCAGAGGCUUAAGAGAAGCUAUGAAAAAUGAAGGAAUUGAAUUUUCUUUGCCUUUAAUAAAAGAAAAUGGUCAACGGAAGCAAAAAGCAUCUGAGACAAAUUUACAUGAAGAAGAGUAUAAGACAGAACCAGAAGAGGAACAACUUAUUAGUGAUGAGGAUGAAGAGGAAAGUUUUUCCUGGUUGGAAGAGAUGGGUGUACAGGAUAAGAUAAGAAAACCAGACAUCACUCUCAAGCUUCGAAAAGAGAAAAAUGAAGUGCAGCUGGAUCACAGGCCUGAGUCUGUUGUCCUGGUGAAAGGCAUCAACACCUUUACACUGCUAAACUUCUUGAUAAAUUGCAAGAGUUUAGUUGCUACCUCAGGUCCUCAGGCAGGACUCCCACCAACACUAUUGUCUCCAGUAGCAUUCCGAGGUGCCACAAUGCAAAUGCUCAAGGCACGAACAGUGAAUGUGAAGACACCAGUUUAUUCUGGUUAUAAAGAUCAAUUUAGUUUGGAGAUUACAGGCCCUAUCAUGCCUCAUUCUCUGCAUUCAUUGACUAUGCUGCUCAAAUCUGCACAGAAAGGAUCUUUUUCAGCAAGAUUAUAUACUCAUGAACCAACAUCUGUAUUUAACACGUGUACUCAAGUGGAAAAAAUACCACAUAAGGAAGUCGUUCAAAAGGAGCUUGCUAAUUGUGGACUACACCUUAAAACUCUAAGUCAACUUACUCAGUUACCAAUACUAGAAAAAUCAUCUUUACGAUUCAUGGAAAUGGAUAAUUACAUUUGUAAUUGGAGGUCAUGAAACAAGUGGAACAAGAUUAACUCAACUUUUAAGAAACAUCUUUCCAAAAUGAAACAUUCUAAAGAAACUUCCCUGUUUAAAAGCGCUUAUCUCAGGGUUUAUAAGAAAGGAACAAGUAAACAUUCCAAAUCUUAUUUGCAACAGGUUUGUGUAGCAGGGUGAUUAAUCUAACCCUUGUGGAAAAAUGUAAUAUAGACAUUUCACUUCCUAGUCUGACCAUAAAGCCAAAUGUGAAGAAAUAUUUUGUUUGGCCAUGAUAGAUGUAGUCUGAAAGUGCCCUUUGGUGUAAUGGCAUUCUAAGAAACUACCUCUUAAUGCAUUUUUGAUUGAGGACUCUUAAAUACCCAAAAUAAUUUCAUAAAUUGUUUUUAUUAACACUAAUAAUUUUCAACCCUAGAAAAUUUAAUGAAAGGUUUUUCUAUAAUUUAUGCCAAAGGAUCUGUUUGUGAGAUAAAUUUCAUUAUAGUUAAAGCAGCAUUUAGAAUAGUUUAUGUAAAGAUAUAGUUGAUGUGUUUAAAAGUAUGUUUU